ACGGGCCGCCAGCGGGCGGGAAGAUGGGCCUUCUCGACGAGUUGCGGCGUCUGCUGCGGCGCCUGUUCGAAUGGAUCCUCAGACAGAUCACUGGUAGCUGAAAACCACAUCACAUACCAGUCAGCGAAAAGAUGGCAUGGUCUUUGGUCAUCUUUCAGGCCAAUGUGAGCUCGAGAGACUCUCAAAGGUACGCUGCAGUGACGCACAAUGGGUGAUCCAACACGUGGAUGGAUGGAUCUGGGUGCUGCCUGCCUGUGUGCCUGUGUGUCUGUGUGUGGACACAGACGUUUGACCCGGUUCGUGUGGAGGAGUCGUUGAGGGCGUCGCGGCAGCUGCAUGACGUGGCGCAGAAGCUGCUCAUCAGCAAAAAGGAGGAAGACCUGCAACAGGUGGGUGGGUGAGGUGGGCAGCUCCGUGUGCGGACAGGCAACAAGAGCAUGCUUUGUGUUGGGGUCACGGUCCCUCGCCCAUUGCAGAUGGUUGACGAGGUGCUCCGAAUCAAGGGCGCGAGAGACCCACAAGGGUGAGAAAGAGACAAAGAGCGAGACUGAGUCUCACAGCUCCACGCAUGGCCUCGUUGACCAUCGACAGGUUCCGCAUCGGUCUGCAGAGGAACUGCCAGGCCCUCCGGAACGUCACUCGAGCAUCCUACCUCAUUACAGGUACUGACUGAUUCCCACACAAACCAUCCCACGUCUCAUCUGACGCCAUGCAGAUCGGUGUCACGUGGGUUACUCCUCCGACAACGCCGACCACGAGGCCCUGCUGGACGAGCUGUGGCGGCUGCUGAAGCCCGGUGUGCAGCGGUCGGGGCGGGUCACGAAGGAGUGGGAGGAGCUGGGGUUCCAGGGGCCGGACCCUGCUACCGACUUCCGUGGCCUCGGUGAGUGAGUGAGAUGGGACACAUCACAUGGAUGGACGAAUGGACGUCUGCUGUGUUUGGCUGUGAUGUGAGUCCAUCAGGCAUUCUGGGCCUGGAGAACCUCGUGUAAGCGUGCAAGCAAGCUGAUAAAAAGAAAGAAACGAUGAUUCUUCUCUCCAUCCUGUCUGUCUGUGUGUGUUGUCUGGUCUGGUCUGUCUGCCAAACAGGUUCUUCGCGCGACGGCACCCGUCUGUGGCCCGGAAGCUGAUGGUCGAGGCGGGGAAGCACCCCAAGUACUGGUACUUCUUUGCCGUGACCGGACUCAACAUCACCGGAUGGAUGCGCGAGUGGCUUGAGGUGAUCGAGAUGCGGGCAGACAAACCAAACCACACACACAGCAACCGGGGGCAGCCGGGGGCACAGACAUAUGGGGUGUGGUGUGUGUGCCACAUGUCUGUCAGAACCACGAGCGCAUCGCCUUCUACUUCUACCACGCCGACACACCUGAGCAGGCCUUCGAGACCUUCAACCACAUCUAUGGUCGGUCAGCCCAGCCAGCCACCCCCACUCACACCCCCACCUCUCCUGUCUCUCUCUCUGCGUGUCUCUGUCAGUGUAUGUCUUUGCGUCGUUCCACCCCUAUUGGUUUCGGUGCCAGCCCGCGUCCAUCAUGGAGUUCAACACCGUGGCCGACCGGUUCGUCAGCCAGCUCAGCUUCCCUGCCCUCCCGGCGCAUGAGCUCACCACGGCAAGUACUGCUGCUGCUUCUGGUGGUGCUGGCGAGAGGGGUAGCGCGCCGAGGUCGGUUGAGUAUGAGCAGGGCCAUGUUUGGCAUGAGCCAGAGGAUGAUAGGCCCACCUCGUCUAAGGCUCAUGAGGAGUGAGGGAGUGAGGGACUCGGUGGUGUGCAGACAGACAGUCAGUGAAUGGGUUUGGUGUACAGAGCUAGAGAGAGUCAGAGAGGAC